CAUAAUAAUUCAUGCUGCAGCAGCAUGUGGAGUUGUCACUGCUGUAUAUACAGAAUGACGUAUAUACAGAAGGAUAUUCGAUCUUAGCGCCAAAUGAAAUUCGCAACUCAACGUUUGAUAAUGUUUGUAUCAUAGUAAUGCUCAAAAGUUAUUCUAUAUUAUUAUAUCUUAAGUCAACGUUUGAAUAUUAGAGAUAUAAACAUGGAUAGGAAUGUAGAUUUUGCUAGUGCAAAUACACAGCAUAUUCCACAAAACUCAAAAGAGGAGAGAGAUAAUGUUCUGGCUGCAUAUCAUAUUUUGAAGUUUUCAAAAGAAGACAAGAACUGUUUUGACAUCGCAGAUAUCGAACGCAGAUCCCUCGCUCUGAAAUAUAUGACAACAAAAUUACUUUAUUCAGAGGAUACAACAGCAUUACUACUUUGGAAAGGUCUCGAAGACUAUCAUACUCUAAUGAGAGAUGAGAAUGGAGUAAACAAUUAUUGGAAGCAGAUUAAAUCUCAACAAUCAAAUAUAAAAAAUGAUCCAUUGAAAUGGAAAUCAAAAUUAGACGACAAGACUGUUACGUUAAGUUUUGUAAAACCUUUGACUUGUCAGAAACUCAAUACUUUACCUUGCAAAGGAAUAUCUUAUAAUGAUAGGGACAUAGAAAAAAUAAUAAAUAGCUCAAAAGACAAGGAUAUAUCAAAGAGGAAUAGAAAAGUUUCUUCACAAUUACAAGCAGUUUCUAAUAAAAAAUCAAGUCAAGAACUUUUAUCAAAAUCUAACAGUGAACAGAAGAUAUCUACAUAUUUUAUGAAUCCUUCCAGAAAUGAUAAUCUUAGAAAAGAUAUAAAUUAUACCACAUUAUCCAAAGUACAAUCUGAUCAAAAUUUGGAUAAAUUUGUUCAAAAAAUGCCUUCUAAAUUAAGCAAUAACAAUAUAAAUGGUUCAAUUAAAAACUCAUAUAGACCAGUAAAUCCAUACGCACCAAAAUUACAACCAACUGUUCCUUCACAGUCCAAUAGUGAAGACGAUAAAGUACCAAAAGUUGCUCUUGACUCCUUCAGAAGUGCUAGGGAUGAAUUAUACCUUCAAGAAAUGAAGAAAAACAAAAUGCCAUUAAAAAAAAGUUUGGGUGGCCGAGCAGCAGCCAAUGCUCAAUUUGUUUGUCCAUUUAAACGCGAGGAAUCUGUACAAAGUUAUAAUACAUCGCAAAGUAAAAUGAACAUGGAGGAGGAGGAUGAAAGAUAAAACAUUGAUCCAAAUAUGAUUGAGUUGAUUAAAAAUGAGAUUAUGGAUUCGGGCAAGACAAUAACAUGGGAUGAUAUUGCGGGACUUGAAUGCGUUAAAAAAAUCAUCAAGGAAGUAGUGGUAUUUCCUAUGUUGAGACCUGACAUUUUCACGGGUCUGCGACGUCCACCCAAGGGGAUUUUACUUUUCGGUCCACCUGGAACAGGAAAGACCCUCAUUGGCAAAUGUAUAGCUUCGCAAAGCAAGUCCACGUUUUUCUCGAUUUCGGCGAGUUCUUUGACCUCCAAGUGGAUCGGCGACGGCGAGAAGAUGGUUCGCGCGCUAUUUGCGGUAGCCAGGGUUCAUCAACCGUCUGUUGUCUUCAUCGAUGAGAUUGACUCAUUGCUGACAAAGCGUUCGGAAACGGAACACGAAUCUUCUAGGAGGCUGAAGACAGAGUUCUUAGUGCAACUAGACGGCGCGACAACAUCUGAGGACGAUCGUAUUUUGAUUGUCGGAGCAACCAAUCGACCUCAGGAACUAGACGAUGCCGCAAGAAGACGUCUCGUUAAAAGAUUAUAUGUCCCUUUGCCAGAAUUCGAGGCACGCAAGCAAAUAAUAAAUAAUUUAUUAAAGUCAGUGCAUCACGAUCUUAAUGAGGAAGAUGUUGCAAGAAUUGCAGAAAGGUCAACGGGAUAUUCCGGCGCCGACAUGACGAAUCUCUGCAAGGAAGCAAGCAUGGAGCCAAUUCGGAGUAUUCCUUUCAGCCAAUUAGAAGAUAUAAGUACAGAAGAAGUGAGACAUAUAACGAACCGUGAUUUCGAGCAAGCACUGAUUAAUGUGCGACCAAGCGUAUCUCAAUCAGAUUUGAAUAUUUAUAUCGAGUGGGAUCGCAUUUAUGGAUCUGGAACUGCUCAAGGAUAUUAAUAAUUUAAAGCUAAAAUCUAAUAUAAAUAAUUUAAUUUUUUAUAAUAUACUCUA